AUGGAUAUCCUCAUCACAGUAUCUCUACUUCUGCUUCUCCACAUCAUCUUCAACCUGUGCAAGUCAAUUUUUUAUGGAAGAAACCGUUGCUGCUACAUCCUGCAUUACGAAUGUUACAAGCCUACCGACGAUAAAAAGACUGACAUUGAAAAUGGCAUGAAAAUUGUUCGGAGGAACAAGAACCUCGGCUCCCAAGAACAUAAAUUUGUCUUAAGAACACUAAUUAGGUCAGGUAUUGGUGAAGAGUCUUACUCCCCGAGAAACGUCAUUGAUGGCCGAGAAGAGUUCCCGACUCUUGGCGAUUCGCUCUUGGAGCUUGAUGAUGCCAUUUUCAACACUCUCGACAAACUUUUCUUAGCAACGGGGGUCUCGCCAGCAGAAAUUGACGUACUCGUUGUUAGUGUCUCUGCUUUCGCUCCAAUUCCCUCAAUCACAGCUCGAAUAGUGAACAGAUACGUGAUGAAGGAGAACAUUAAGGCCUUCAAUCUCUCCGGAAUGGGCUGUAGUUCGAGUCUUGCCGCCAUUGAUGUUGUUCAGAGAUUAUUCAAACUAUAUGAUAAUAGAUUAGCUAUUGUUGUUAGUACAGAAUCUCUCGGUUCUCAUUGGUAUCCGGGAAAAGAUAAAUCUAUGAUUCUCUCCAAUUGUCUUUUCAGAUUAGGAGGGUGUUCAAUUCUUUUAACAAACAACAAAACUAUGAAACACAACGCAAUCAUGAAGCUAAACUGCUUAGUCCGAAGUCACAUUGGUGAAGACGAUGAAGCUUACAAAGCUUGCUUCCAAGCUGAAGAUGAUCAAGGAUAUGAAGGGUUUAUUCUCAAUAAAACCCUAAUCAAAUCAGCUUCCAAAGCUUUAACCCUAAACCUUAAAUUGCUGGAACCUAAAAUUUUUCCAGUCUGGAUUCGUAUUAAAACUAUAACUUCUUUAAAAUAUAAAAACUUUUGGAGUAUUAAGUCAAGAAUUAAGCACUUCUGCAUACAUCCUGGUGGGAGAGCUGUGAUCGACCAAGUUGGUACGACUCUACAGCUUAGUGAAUACGAUCUUGAGCCGGCAAGAAUGGCGCUUCAUAAAUUUGGCAACACUGCAUCAUGUGGAAUUUGGUAUGCUUUAAGCUAUAUGCAAGCUAAGAAGAGGCUUAAAAAUGGUGAUGAGAUCUUGAUGAUUGGUCUUGGAGCUGGUUUUGAGUGCAUAAACAGUUUAUGGGAGGUGAUGAGGGAUUUGAAGGAGGAAGAGAAUGUGUGGAAGGAUACAAUAGAUUUAUAUCCUAUGAUCUUUGAAGUUACCAAAGCUAAGAUGGAAAAUAAGUAUAUGGGUCAAUAUUGA